AUGCACGAAUGUGUCGGUGUUGGCUACCGUGGUGUCGCAGUACCAGGAGAUCCCGGCAAGGGUGCUGCUCAUCUUUGCGUCUGUACUCUGUCAACACACCUGGAUGUGCAGUUCUUCACCACCCAGAAGUCCAGUAGCGAUAGGACUCCUAUGAGCUCGAAGGUGAGGAUGAAGUCCGGGUAUGCGCCUGUGAUUGAGCCGAAGAUGUACGGCAUGAUAAAGUAUCUGUUCAACCGUCCGUCAGCCCCUUGGGUGAACUCACGCGAUGACAAUGGCGAUUUUGAAUGCGAUGUGGGCGAAACAAGACAUCGGAUGCGGCAGCAGUCUGAUGUUUGUGAGCAGCACUACUGCGUAGGCAACCGCCGCAGUUGCGACCGCGGUCACCGGUACACAUUUUUUACGCCGGUGGAGAUUGCUCGGCAGGAACCGUCAGACGUCGACCUAUGGCGUCUAGACGUAUUCCCCCGGGUUGAUGCGCAUCUCAAGCGUCGUUACCGUCGCCCUGUGCUGCGCUCGUUUUCGACACGCGCUUCAACGACGGCACUGGAAUCCAUUGCUCCACUGGAUAGGCGCACUCCUGCAGCAAGCAUACGCCGCUAUCGCACGUUCGCGAACGGUGUAGACGAGGAAGACGCUUUUGACGUUGACACCGACGUGCUCACCGGUCCUCGCAUAGACCGUGAUGGCCGCAUUAUAAACAAGAAGAAGAAAUUGUACUCUUACGGUGCGCUGGAGCACGUGGACGACUUUUUCGUGGGAAAAUACCACGUGGAAUGGACCGUUCGUGGCGUACGUGAGAAGUUGCGCUUCCGGCGCCGCGAAACUGGGUCGCCUCCCCUGCGUACGAGCAGGUUCAAGUUUGCUGGCAUCGGAGGUUUCCUUCUACGGUUGUGGCUAGACGGCCUUCCGUCGUCCAAGCCGGGCCAUAUCGCAUUGUCGUUCCUGCAGCAGGAGCACUGGACAACUCUGGACAGCCCCCUCAGCAUUUCGGUGGGCAACUUCACCAGGGGCCCCUUCUUCUUUAGGUCAACUCCUUAUUUCGCGGCCCUGAAGUCAUUUUGCCCUCUGGAGGAAGCUAUCGACAACAACACUCUGCGCAUUAGAGUCGGGUUGGCAACGCGUUGA